AUGAAUUUUAAAAUUUUAAGUUGUAUAUUUUUAAUUUAUUUAAUUGUAACUCCUAUUCUAGGAUCAUUGAUUAUAGUAUCAGAUAAUGCAGCAACAGGAGAAAGAAGACAAAUUCUUAUCAAUUUAUUAACAGGAACAGUUGCAAACAAAAAGGAGAGAGGAAGACUAACACCAGAACAACUCCAAAAGUUUAUCAAAGUCCAAGUUGAUCUACCUAUUCUAGCUCGUGAUUUCCCAAAUGACACUAAAUCUAUUCCUGACACUAUUCAAUACAUUGUAGUUGAUACAAGCAAUGGUAUUGAAAUCAGAUGGAAUCAAGGUCACGACAAUGGUAAUGAAGAUUUACAAUUCAUUGCUAGAAUUAUUGCUUUAGAUUAA